AUGCGGGUGGGAACAGACUUAUUAAACCCCACUGUACGACAGUCUCACUUUCCGAUCAUUUCCAUCUUCCAUUUCAUCGAUCUACUGCAGCUCUACUUGACCUUGAGUCUUGGCUUGAAGAGAAACGCCAAUACCCAGAGAGCCAUGAGUAUCAGCGAGACUGAGCUGGUGGAACAGCUGUUCCUGGACUUCACUGUGCAAGAAGUACUUCAAAAGGAUACCAGGGGAUUUCCGAUCGUAGAACCCUGGGCUAGCGAAUACGUGAACGCUAUACGGGAACGCAGAUUCGGCGACGCUGUGUGGGCACGCUACCAUAUCGAUGGUGGUGUGCAUGAUGGCAUAAUUGAGGACACAAACAAGACCGUUCUGCAGAUGAUCGAGGAAGAUGCACUGGGUUACAGGGUGGGCGAUCCAGACCUCUAUGCAGAAGCGCUCUCGUCCGUCUACGAGCGUACUAGUGCCUCGGAUGGACAUCGUGAUGUGAUUGACCUCCUUACCCGCAUUGGCAAUCAAGAUAUUAAGGAGCUACGGGCUCAAGCCCGGGCUGAACAUCGUGCUGAGCUUCUAGCUGAUGAAUUGGAAUUUUAA